AUGACCUGGGGAAAUCGCUCAGUGUUGAUGGAGUUCGUGUUCCUGGCCUAUCCCUCCCACCCAGAGCUGCGUGUCUUGUCCUUCCUUGGAGUCAGCCUGGUGUACACACUGAUCAUCAGUGGGAACGUGCUAAUUGCGGUGGCCAUCCAGAAAGAAGCCCGCCUGCACACACCCAUGUACUAUUUCCUGGGCAGCCUCUCAGCAGUAGAAGUGUGCUACACGGCUGUGGUGGUGCCGCACAUCCUGGCCGACAUCCUACAGUCGGAGAAGACCAUCACCCUCCUGGGCUGUGCCACUCAGAUGGUUUUCCUCAUCGGACUGGGCAGUGCCGAUUGCUUCCUCCUGGCAGCCAUGGCCUAUGACCGGUACGUUGCGAUUUGCCGCCCCUUGCGGUACCCUCUCAUCGUGACUCUAACUCUGUGCGCCCGCUUGAUUGUGACCUCAGUGGUCACUGGUUUGGGCCUGUCCUCACAACUGGUGGCCUUCAUCUUCUCUCUGCCCUUCUGCCGGGCUCGGGGUAUCGAGCACUUCUUCUGCGAUGCGCCGCCCGUGAUGCGUCUUGUCUGUGCCAACAGCCACAUCCACGAGCAGUCGGUGCUGGUGGCGGCCACACUGGCCAUCGCCGUGCCUUUCCUCCUUAUCGCCACCUCCUACGCCUUCAUUGUGGCUGCUGUGCUCAAAAUCCGCUCGGCAGCUGGCCGCCACCGGGCCUUCUCCACCUGCUCCUCGCACCUCACUGUGGUCCUGCUGCAGUAUGGCUGCUGUGCCUUCAUGUACCUGCGCCCCAGCUCCAGCUACUACCCCCAGCAGGAUCAGUUCAUCUCGCUGGUGUACACCUUAGGGACCCCACUGCUCAACCCCCUUAUCUACACCCUGAGGAACAGUGAGAUGAAGGGGGCCAUAGGGAGAGUUCUUACCAGGGAUUGUGUCUCCCAGAAGUGCUAG